AUGACAAAUCGUCUCUUAUGUCGCAAACAAAUGGUAUGCGAUGUUCUUCAUCCAGGAUUACCAUCAAUUGCAAAGAAGGAAGUUCGCGAAAAAUUGGCUACAAUGUACAAAGUUACACCUGAUGUUGUCUUUGUUUUUGGCUUCAAAACCAACUUUGGAGGCAGCAAAUCAACAGGAUUUGCAUUAAUCUACGACACAUUAGAUUUUGCAAAGAAAUUUGAACCAAAACAUAGAUUGGCUCGUCAUGGACUUUAUGAAGUCAAGAAGAUUACACGCAAACAACGUAAAGAACGUAAGAACAGAAUGAAGAAAGUCCGUGGUACCAAGAAAGCAAAGGUUGGCCAAUUAACAAAGAAGUAA